AUGAUGGCUCAAUUUACGAAGAGGCAGUGGCUGACGUUGAUCGUGAUCAGCAUCGCUGAUUUCGCGAACGCGAUAUGCGUGUCACUGCAAGCGCCGUUCUAUCCGCAGGAGGCUGAGUACAAAGGGGCAUCGGCUACAGAGUAUGGGCUGGUCUUUGGAAUCUUUGAAUUCGUUGUAUUUAUAAUCAGUCCUGUCUAUGGCAGAUACUUACAUCGUAUCGGACCGAAGCUGUUGUUCAACGGUGGGAUUUUAACGACAGGCACCUGUGCCAUAUUUUUCGGUCUUCUGGAUAAAGUCGACGGUCAUUAUCCCUUCAUAAUCCUCUCGUUCGUAAUCAGGAUCGUCGAGGCGCUGGGCAACGCAGCGUUUCUUACCGCUAGCUUUGCCAUUAUCGCCAAGGAGUUCCCGGAUAACGUUGCCACGACCUUUGCCAGUUUAGAAACAUUCUUCGGACUUGGCCUCAUCGUCGGGCCCACCGUGGGUGGUACUCUUUAUCAGGUCGGUGGAUAUGUAACGCCGUUCGUAGUUCUGGGAUCGGCACUGUUCUUGACUGCUGUUAUGACAAUAUUCAUCUUGCCAGUUCAUCCGAAUAACAGUGAAGCCACUCACAGUACAGGUGGCGUGACGAAAGCAUUGAAAAUUCCGGGCGUGGCGAUAGCCACGUCGUCUAUAAUUGCCACGAGCAUGAGCAUAGGAUUUUUACAAGCCACCCUGGAACCGCACUUAAGACAAUUUAGCCUGAGCCCCAUCAUCCUUGGUUUAAUGUUCGUCAUUAACGGUGGCACUUACGCCAUCACAGCCCCGGUCUGGGGUUGGCUGUGUGAUAAGCACUCCCGCCCGAAAGUAGCCACAGUGGCCGGAUGCAUUCUGGUAGUAAUAGGAUUCUGUUUAGUUGGCCCGGCGCCGUUUAUACCAUGCCCAACUACUCUUUGGAUGACCAUCUGCGGCCUGGUCGUUCAUGGCCUAGGUAUGGCUGCCCAGCUGGUCGCCAGUUUCACGGAUGCCUUGAGGACGUCAGUGCAAUAUGGAUUUCCAAAUACUCUGGAAACUUAUGGCUUAAUUAGUGGGCUAUGGACGAGCACGUUUGCACUUGGAGCCUUCAUUGGACCCAGCGUAGCAGGAAUCCUGUUGGACAAUAUCGGAUUCAGGAAUGCUUCUAUGUUCAUCGUGUUGCUUCAUCUGCUUGUGGGCGUGGUGGCAGCGGCGUUCCUCAGCAGUUGCACGGGAAGACGUAAACCAUAUACGGAGAUCAGCGGCGUGGACGACCUGAGGACACCGUUGACGGACAGUGGGCACUCGCGGAGCGGAAGCCACCGUCACCGUGGCCAAGGCGUGCCGAUCGACGGGAAAGCCAGCGGCAUGAAUUCGCUGAUCGCGUGCAACAGUUACUCCAACAGGGCCGGGGGCUGGUCCCGGGCGUCCUACAGCGGCCGAUACUCUCACAGCUACGGCUCCCUGGACACCAAGGGCUAUCUAGAGAUGACCACGUGAUUCGGUCGAUCGGCGAACUCGAGUAGACGAGAAAAUCUCGGACAGGGUCGUGUCGACAGUAUUCCUCACGUUCAUGAACCUUAUCUGAUUUGCCAACUCUUCAAAAAUGUUUUGACUCAAAAUUCAAAUCGCAUGGAGAAAAUAUUUUCCCAGAAUCUAUAAAAUGCCGAUUAAUCAUAGUUAACUCGUUAAAUAUCAAACUUAGAAGAAA